CAUUUACAGUUGCUCUGCGAAAUUUCGCGGCGAAUUUCAUUCAUUUCAAUAGUUCUCCAUGCAGAUUUCUCUCAUGUUCAAAUUGGUCACGCAAAUUCACCGCUGUUUGUAUGAAAGUGACUUCCGCUACACAUUGACAACGGACCAUUUUUGCCCGCGAAAUUUCACGAAUGGCAGCAGUACUAUGACCCCAGUGCUGCCACAGGGCUCUGACCAGGAUGAAGAUACCACAGAACUGUGGAGCAUCCUCUUCAGACGACAACAGCUGCAAAACCGUCUUCAGUUCCUACAGGAGAUCCAAAGGAAGAACAACAGAAUAGAAGGAUACCUUGCAAAUGAAGAGGGCCCUACAGAACUGGAUAGAAUAAAGGAGGAGUUGAAGUUACUGGAGCAAAAAGAGAAGGAUCUUAUUCAGAAAAAAAAACAAUGUUUGACAACACAGACCACAGACAAAGACAGUGUGGGAGGAGGACAAGCAAAGAAAGGAAACAGAGAGACAAAGAGAGAAACAGAGAACAGAAAGGGAAAGAAAGAAAGAUAUCCAAUCCAAGCUCCAAUCCAAGGACUCUACAUUCUCCCCGUUUCUGUAGAAACUAUUUCUCCUAUCAUUGCUCUGCAAGAGGAAAACACAGAAACCAUUACUCAAAUGGAAAACACAGAGGCAAUUUCUCCUUCCAUUGCUCGGCAAGAGGAAAACACAGAUACACCAGUAAGCCUGGACGAUGUCACCAUGUCCCCUGCCAAAGUAAAAUGCCCUUCUUGCCAGAAGACUGUCAUCACUGAGAUCUACUAUAAACUGGGCAGCAAUGCCUUCCUCUUUUGCUGUCUCUUAUCUGUGAUAGGGUGUCUGGCCGGAUGUUGCUUGGUCCCCUUCUGCAUGAAUCGCUUCAAAGAUGUCGCCCACAGGUGUCCAUCCUGCCACAAAGAUAUAUGUUCAGUAAAUAGAUUUUGAAGUAAGGAGUAAUACAGAUGUUGAUCUGCAAUAACAUGACUGUGAAAACCUCCAGAAGAGCUUAAAGCUGAGCACAGGGGUCAGGUCAGAAUUUUUGUCUCUGUGCUGGGGAAGUUAGUAUGUAGGCUUUGAGAUGUGGCCAAACUAUAUGUACAAAUGAAGUCAACUAUAGUCAAGUUAAGCAAUUAAUAAUUGACUAAGAGUAAGAGGAUCUAAUAUUGUGCAAGUGGCCACUAGUCCACGAGUGUAUCAGCCACUUCCAAUAGGUUUUUAGGGUGAUAGAAUCAUAGUCAUGACUAGUGGUUGUAGAAGUAAACAAACCAUGUACCACUGGCUCAUUUUGAGUCAGACAUGACCAAAUCAGUGGUUUAGACUCGCUAUGACCAGAUUGUAUCAGAGCUGUAAACUCGUGCAUUUGGAUCAGUUGCAUCCUGCAUCACUAAUGACUCAUUCAGUGUGAACGGAUUUAAACGGUUCAUUGAAAAGAAUCUAUUCAUCAACUGAACAUCACGAUCACAUCUUGAAGUGGGUCUCUAUUUCUCUAAAAUGUAGUUCAGUACAUGUAAGUUUCUCCUAAAUGGAGGAAUAGUACUUAUAGUUGGCUUACUAUAUUAUAUAUACAACUAUAAGUACUAUUUUUUAUAUAUAUUAUAUUUAGUAAAAAAAAACCCAAAUAAUAAUAAUAAUUUGCUGCAGUCAGUCAAUGUGGACAGUGACAGUGAUUUGGAUAACAAUCCAAGCCACUGAAACAAAAGAUGUUUAUCAGUGCAACAUCUUAUUUAACAGUAUAAUAAACCGAUAUCCAAAUUGAUAUUACCAAGUUUGUGUGACAUUUGUGAUUCUAUGAAUACUAGUUUGCAUUCAUGUAAUAGUCAUGUAAAUGAGCCUGGAGAACUGUUUAUAGGAGAUAGUGUAUCAAAUGUCAUUAUGAAAACAAUGGAUUGUGUUUGUAUGUGAAACGUUCUAUUAUAUAUGGAAAACCCUUUUACCCAGUUACCAUUUGAAAAUAUGUAUAAUAUUAAAUAUUCAGAGUAUAAAAACAACAGUUUCAGCAUCUCUUAUGACAAAAACAAACAGACAAGUUUUGCAUGUCAUUCCUCUGGUAUAUUUAAGAGACUCUAAAACAUCCUCUACGACAGUAUUUUCACAAUACAUAAAUUUUCAUUGACACGUGAUGGCAUAUAUAUAAUUGUAUCUUCAAAACUAUUCACAAAAUAGAGCUCAUGGAUGCGCUAAACAUGUAUAAAAAUAUGUAUUACAUCCAUUAAAAUAUAUACACAAUGUGCAAAACAUAUGGCAUACAAAUGAUGAUUGAUCUCCCGCUUUGGCGGCAGUAAGUAUCGCCCAGUGUCAUCACCACUGAUACAUAAUAUACAUCAAUAUUUGAUAAAGAGCAUGACAUCUAGAUGAGUCCAGCAGAUGAUGUUGAAAACAAGGAGCUAGGGAUCCUAAAUCUCUACAUAAAGCUUAACAAGAGUUGAGCUUUGAUGUCCUAAAUGGCAAAAACACAAGCCACGGGUUUCUAGAGCUCACCCAGAAUAGGCGCAAAUAUGCAAAUAUAAAACUGAAAUGAUGCUCUGAUAUCUGAUCUCCUGCAUAUACUGUAUACAAUACAGCACUGUGUAUAAAAUGCAAGUUAUUGCUUUACUCUCCAACAGCAAAUGGGAUUUAUAUAUUGACUCAAUGCAAAUUCAAUGCAAAAUAACAUUUUUCUCACCUACAAUACCAUUCAAAAAUUUGGGAUGUUUAUAAUUUUGAAUGUUUUUGAAAAUCUAUUAUUCUCACCAAGGCUGCAUUUAUUCAAGUAAACAUACACUGAAACAUUACUACUGUGAAUUAUUAUUACAAUUUAAAGCAACUGUAUGUGGUUUUGUGUAUUUUGUGUACUUUGCAAUUAGUGGAAAUUAGUCGUAAAUAUACCACUGUUGUUAUUACGGUGGAUAGCACGUGCAUUUGUUGCUGCCGUAAAACAAUCUGCCCUUUUUGCUGAAUAUUGUACCUCCUCACCAGACAUACAGUUUGGAAAGGAACAGAAUCAAUUUGCCGAAUUAGAAGUCAGUAAAUCAUCAAAAAUUAUAAAAAGAUAAAAAUAAUUUUUUCCUGUAAUGGCAAAGUAAAAUUUUCAGCAGCCAUCACUCGAGUCUUCAGUGUCAAAUGAUCCUUCAGAAAUCAUUCUAAUAUGCUGAUUUGGUGCUCAAGAAACAUUAUCUAUAUGGAAAACGGUUAAUAUUUUUGUUCAAACUGUGAUCUUUUUUUUUUUUCCAGGUUACUUUAAUGAAUAGAAAGAUGAAAAUGAACUCAAAUUCUUUGAAAUAUAAAUGGUUUGUAACAUAUGAAUGUCUUUACUGUCACUUUUAAUCAAGUUAAGGUGUCCUUGCUGAAUAAAAGUAUCAUUUUUAACCUUACUGACCCCAAACUUUUGAACAGUACUGUAUGUAUCUACGUGAAGCGGCAUAGUACAAUAUUUGGCCUCUUUGGUUAUAAGUUUUAAUGCCACAAAACCCCUAAAACACAAGAGAGAACCUACCAAAGUUAGUCAUUCUUUCUCCUCCACUUGCUUGUCAGAGUAAUAGUUUGCUAGGUGUACAUAAAAUAUUGCACCAGGCUGCAUUAUAACAGCAGUCAUUAAUGCCAAAAACUGCUCUGAACAGUCAGAGACAUGCAUUAUUCCUUACUAGACAAAGUUUGUCCCCACAGCUACACAAGCAGUUAAAGAUUCUACUAGUUAAAACUAGUAUUUGGCAUUUUUUCUUCCCUGGAGAGGCCACGAUUUGGACAGUAUGCAGAGCAAACAGUACAAUGCCUUAAAAACAGAGCCGAUGAGCAAAGUUAAUCGUUUGACUUGUGAGCGGACGACACACACGUAACAAACACUGAAGCAUAAAAAGCUGAUAAAGGUUUUCUUUAAUAAAAGCUCAUCUGUUAAGGUGCUUUGACGCUGUGCCGUUGAUCUAACUGUGACGAGCAGUUCAUCACUGCAGCAGGAAAGUGCUGUACAUCUUUUAAAAAUAAUGUUAUGUCCCUUUGGAUCAAACACAACUCGCUUUACAUAAUCUGAAAGACGUGAGUUCAAAGCCAGUGGACGCGUAUUGCCUCGCUGAAUAAAAAGGUGUCACUUCAGAGCAUAUAUAUAUAUAUAUAUAUAUAUAUAAUCCAUAAGGUGACUGACAACAUUAAAUCAUGAAAGAAAAGCACAGAAAGGGCUAAACAGAAGGAAAAACAACAAGAGGAUGUUUCUCUGAAAGACAUCACAUAAAUUUGAUUAUUCACAUGCUGCCAAGAUAUUUGCAAAUAUAUAUAAUGUUGUUCAUUUACACAGAUAUUUCAUUUGAAUGGUCUGUAGCAAUUUCAAACAGUACAACUCGAACAUAAAGGCAGGAAAACAGACAGAGGCCCUCAGCCAUACAAACACAUGCACCCACACGCAAAUAUUUAAUAUAGGAACCUGACACAACAGGCCUGUUAAAAAUUUCAGCACAACAAAAGCAGACCAAUCUGGAUUCAUUUGUUCUAUGAUUCCCUCAACAAACUAAUUCUUAAGCUGCCAGUGACAUUUAACAUGCAGUAAAGUCGUCAGUUAACCACUUCAACUGUUGGUUUGCUUCUGAAACUACAGAGAGCUUUGCAUUUUCAAAACAGGAUAAAGAUGCCGUGUUCAUAUGUUAUAGUGCUGUUUGAGAUCACUGUAUUUAGUGUCAGCUGUAACUUCUGAUGGCUUCAUUUACAUUAUCUCUUUCUAAAAGCAGCGUCUUUGACGAAGUUUUAUUUCAUGGUAUCAAAAAUAUGCAACUAAGAACUUAAAAUAUAGCAACCACUGUGCGAACCGAACUGAGAAAAAUGUGGGAAAAAAACUGGAACUUCCUUACAGUAUAUUGCACUGAAAAUCAAUCGAGUCAAACACACAACAUUCCACCAAAGUGACGAACAAUCACACACAGACACACUGAUUCACAAUUCACAUACACACAGACAAGGGGUCGGACGAUCCAAUAGUUCUUCUUUUUGCUUUUUUCUAUACAAAUAUUUGUUCUCAUAGAUUAUUUACAUAAACUUUCAUAAUUAAUUUCAGACCAUUUCCAACCGGUAUAGUGAAACCGAUCGCCUAUUAAUCAAAAUGGGAUGUUUUUUGGCUGAAAUUGAGAGCUGAUUGAUGACAAAUGAACUGAGACCAAAUUUCCAUGUCCAGGACUAAAACAAAAUGUACAGCCUACAUCUGCAAUUCUUAGAUGCAAAUGCUCUUUGCCACCUCAUCUAAGAUCAGCCGUUCACAGGAAAUUUGCAAUUGUAGCCACUUUAUAAAACAUGAAUCAAUUCCUCUAGUCGACAGCCAGUCAAACAGUAUCAUAACAAGGCAGAUUUGCUAAAAAGUUGACAAAUGAUAUGUUAAUUAGAUCUUCUCCAUCAAACUAUACUACCAUUUAAAAGUUUAGAGUCUGUAAGAUUAUUUUUGUUUGUUUUUGAAUGUAGUCUUUUAUGCUCACUAGGCUGUAUUUAUGUAAUAAAAAUACAAAUAAAAAAUAGCUGUUUUCUAUUUUAAUAUAUUUUAAAAUAUAAUUUAUUACAAAGUUGAAUUUUCAGCAGCCAUUAUUCCAGUCUACAGUGUCACAUGAUCUUUCAGAAAUGUGCUGCUUAAUAUUUGAUGGCAAUUGAGAUUUCAUAUUUUUAAUAGUUUAGGAUGAAUAGAAACCUUUUGUAACAUUGUAUAUUAUAUUUUGUAACAUAUGUAUAUAUAUAUAUAUAUAUAUAUAUAUAUAUAUA